AUGUCCCCGCUCGCUCCCAUCUCGCCUUGGCCUCCCGAAGAGCCGGCGGCUCCCUAUCCUGACCUUCCACUUGCAAAGGAGGUGUAUGGCUUACUGGCCGUUCUGUUGACCUACCUGGCGUUUGCAGCGUACCUGAUAUGGGCGUUCGCACCCUCAAGAUGGCUCGACGCGGUGGGCUGGACCUGGUACCCUUCGAGGGAAUGGGCGGUUAUCGUGCCGUGUUGGCUCAUGGUCGUUGUUCUCCUCACGUAUUGGGGCUACACAGCGCUCACGGCUCUCCUCACUCCCGGUUUCGACAGCCGAUACAUCAUCACCGACGAGCGUUCCAACAUUCCUAUCGAAGGACAAGGUGCCGAGCCAUACUAUUGGAAGUUUGCAGAAGCGGACGCCGUGCCGGAGGUCGUCGACUUGCCAAUCGACUUCGUCAAUCGUGUGCUUUAUCCCCCACGCUCGAGGCGCCGCCCGCGAUAUUGA